CAGUGUUAAAAGUGAGCAAACAACCCGUGGACAAUGUUGUGUUCCCAAAACAAGUGACCAAGAACAAGACUAGGAAUGUGUCAACCUUUCUAUUCAUCUCCAAGUUGGCACUGCAGAAAGAAUUUGGAGAUGAGAUUGUGGAGAUAUCAACAGUGUUGUACAAAUCACUGGCUAAAAUCCUACCAGAUGUAGAACUCGAUAAAACAAAUGUUGCCACAGAAAUCAACACUCAAGUUUUGUCGAUAGAUUUUCCAUCCAAACCAAAGCUAUCCCUUGACCCUCCAAUAGAGUUUACAUUUGAACAUAUUGCGACCAACUUAACUGAUCCAGUAUGCAGUUAUUGGGUGUUUCAAAGCAAUUCUUCAAGAGGAGGCUGGUCAUCUGAAGGAUGUUGGAUUACGUUCUACAAUGAGACCUACACAGACUGUGCCUGCAACCAUCUCACCAAUUUUGCUGUUCUUAUGAGUCCUGGAAUCAUGUCUGAACUUGACACCAAAGUGCUUGGAAUCAUCUCCAUCAUUGGAAUGGCCAUCUCACUGCUGUGUACUUUGGCUACCAUUGUCUGUUUCUUCCUCUUGUGGAGGCACAUAAAGUCAGACAAGAACUGUAUUUUGCUGCAUCUGUGUAUCGCACUCACAAUCUCCUAUGUCAUCUUUCUCAUUGGAAUUGACCAGACACAGAACAAGAUUGCUUGCAUUUCAGUUGCAGUGAUGUUGCAUUACUUUUUCUUGGUGGUGUUUUUCCUGAUGCUUUCUGAGGCUGUUAGCCUUCUGAUUUCUAUUGUGUAUGUGUUUGCAACCUCAUCAAAACUGAAGUAUCUCCUGCCUCUUGGAUGGGGUUUACCCCUUGUUAUCGUCAGUGUUUCAGGUGGUGUCACAAAACUACAUGGAUAUGGUACUAAGAACCACUGCUGGCUGAGUACAGAGGAUGGUUUGCUUUAUGCGUUUGUUGGACCAGCAAUGGGAGUUAUUAUUGCAAACUAUGUGGUGGUGGUUCUGGCUCUGAAGGCUUUGUUUUCUACCCAUGCUGUCAUGUCCAAGAGCAGGCGAGAGAAACUCAGAUCGGGGGUUCGGAGUAUCAGCACACUGGCUCCCAUACUGGGUCUCACGUGGGUGUUUGGAGUGUUUUCUGUCAACCAGGAUCUGGUCGUCUUCCAGUACCUGUUCGCCAUUUUCAAUUCACUUCAGGGUUUCUUCAUCUUCCUUUUUCACUGUCUUCUGAAUAAAUCGGUUACUCAUGGAUUCAGACAUAAGUGGCGGGGCUACAAAGCACAGACAGUGUCUACCACUGGAGGAAGCCGGAAACCUGGUAAAUCAGUUACAGACACUGCAGAAUAUACAAGAAAGGGUUCCAACGCCACUGUUCUCACAGGCUAUUCAGGGGCAGAUCCAGCAGAGGUGCAGGUUGAGCUAUGUCCAGAAUCAGACGUCAACAUCAGACUAUAGAUAUUGUUUCAGCAUAUCACUGUCAUUUCAAACUGUCAAAUUAUGCUAUCAUUUUGAACUGUUUUGUCAGAUUAUGCUAUCAUUAGGAACUGUUUUGUUAAAUUAUGCUAUCAUUAGGAACUGUUUUGUCGUAUUAUGCUAUCAUUAGGAACUGUUUUGUCAAAUUAUGCUAUCAUUUGGAGCCGUUUUGUCAAAUUAUGGUAUCUUUUGAACCAUUUUCAAAAAUUAUUCUAUCAUUUGAAACUGUUUUCAAAAAUGUAUUAAUUAAAGUGUAUACAUAUAUUUUCAUACACAUUGCCCUACAUUUCUGAAAUUGUAAGCUUGUUACAGACAAUUUUACAUGUAACAUCUCAUAACUUCGUUUUAAUGUACUAAAAAUAGUUACAAUCUCCAUUUAACAUAUACAGAUGUUUUGUAUAAAGCAAAGAUGACAAAUAUAAUAAAUUAAUAUUUAUACCUAGUAGUUUCUGCUAAAUAUUAUUGUUAUUUGAUGAUACUUGUACUGAUGAUUGCAUUGCUAAAUGUGUAAUUGCAAUCUAAUCGGCUCAGUUUUGAAGCAUAAAUACAAAUGUUGAUCAUCAUGAAAAUUAGUUUUAAAAGUUAUGCUGGAAAACUUGAUAUGCAAAUGUAUCUCCACUUUAUCGAUCACACAUAAUGCUAUGUUCAUAUACCUGUGAUAUUAAGUAAAUAUUUUGAAUGAAAUGUCUGUGAUAUAUAUGUGUAAAGAAAUGCAAUAUAAGGUUGUAUAUAUUUUGUAUUUAUUAUGUAAUAGGUACGAUGUUGAUUCUUGCAACAUACAAGAAAUCCAUUUGUUUUCCUAUCCCAAUUUGUAGCAAAACUUGUUGUUUCUGUUGAAAAUAAAUUUUGUUCUGUGAUUUGCUUGCUUACAAUCAACUCUUUCUAGUUAUAUAAAAGCUACUGCCAAUACAUAUUUCUAUUUAUACAUAAUAUGUUUUUUUUUAUUUACAUAUAUACACUUCCUAAAUAAACUUAUUUUCUUUU